CGCAGGGUGGCGCGUCCCGAAGUAGUCUAGUGGGAAAGCAAGCGAGUGGACUGCACUGCUGGUACAAAACUCAAAACAUGAACGAUACAUAUUACCAAUGUUUAAAGCUGAUUUGUCUAUUACUGGAAUACAGUUGUCUACAACAUACUCUAGAGGAAUUAGAAAAGUCAAAGUAAUGGAUAACCGAAAAGAGCCUCCAUUCUUCAAUGAAGACAAUGUGGGACCAUUUUACUACAAACUUCCUUUCUAUGAUACCAUGGAGCUUUUCAUUGAAACAUUAACUGGAACAUGUUUUGAGCUAAGAGUUUCUCCCUUUGAAGCUGUUAUUUCUGUGAAAGCAAAAAUUCAAAGAUUGGAAGGUAUUCCCAUAUGUCAGCAGCACUUAAUUUGGAAUAACAUGGAACUGGAAGAUGACUAUUGUUUAAAUGAUUACAACAUUUCAGAAGGUUGUACCUUGAAGCUGGUAUUGGCUAUGCGUGGUGGGCCUAUAAAUACUAGACGAGUUAUUAUGGAAGAUCCACUUAAGGAAAUGGCUGAAUACCUGGAUUCCACUCGUGAUGAGGUCUGGGAGAAGUCCUCCUGCAACAAACAAGUAACAUUUUUGGUAUAUCGAGAAGGCGAUCAAUUGAAUUUCUUUCGUGUAAUAGAUAGGGGAGAUGGCACUUUAACACCAUUAUCUGAAUCUUUAAGUGGUGGCUCUGUGUAUAAUUUAUAUACGGAUGAGGAUGAAGAAAUUGAGCCUUCUCCUUCUGGGCAGCAGAUAAUUGAAAAUUCAAUAACUAUGAACAAGAUGAAGCUACUGAAGGCUAAGAUGGAGAACAUGAAUCUCAGCAAAAAGCCUAAGAAACCUGUCAAAGUAAAGCCUCGGCCACCUGUAGCUCCUCGACCAUCUAGUGGUUCCACAGCAACAGCUCGCCACAGAUUGCUAAGGGUCCUCCCCCACAUUGGGCAACCUUGUUUACCUUCUCCUGGGAAUGCAUAUCUACCUGAAAAGUCCAAGAGUGCAAUUUCAAAUUUGGCACCUCAGCCCCCUGCUGAUAGGCCUGUAUCAUCUGUCACCAGUGAAUUUCUUAAGGAAGAUGGUAACUGGGAGAGUAACACACUGUCUCAUGCCAGUAGUAGCAUCAAACUACCACCUCCCAUUCUCCACUUGGACUUGGAAAAUGAGAAAGAGCGUGCUGAUUCUGUUCUCCAUCUUGGACCAUCCCUUAUUAGGCGGACCAAACACUUUUCAGGAAACUUGGCAUCUAAUAAUGAGGAUGACCCUGUCUUAUUUCCAACUUCAGAAAAGUGUGUAACUGAAGAAUCACUUCCACCUGAAGUGGGUUCAUUUACUUCAUUUACAGAAAGAAAUGCUGCAGAACAGAACAGUGGCUCAGAAGGCACACGGAAGGUAAAUCCAGAGUUCUUACUCACUAACAGUGAUAAAGGGUUGAAAGCUACAGAGCAGCAUCUUAAACAUGUUUCAAGAGUACUGAGCAGUGAAUCAGUAGAGACUCCUGUUCUUAAGCACCGUGAAUUAAGUCCACACAAGAAUAGACUCUUGUCACCUAUCCGCUGUUCUGCACCAAUGCCGCUACAUAGUUCUUUGGUGAAACCACAGAGACAGUCCAAAUGUUUUGAGUCUGGGAGCCUUCAAUCUUCUGCUUCACAAAACAUCCUCCAGUCAUUGGAUGAUCGAAACAUAACUGAUUCUUCUUUCUCUAGGACUGCUCGCUUUCGAGGUGUUAAAGUUGAUUCACCUGGGAAAAGAUCUGAUAUUAUUUCCAAGGUUGAGGCUCGAGAUAUCACAGAAAUGGCUAACAAGGCUUCCAAAGAGCCUGUUGGUUGUGUAAAUAACAUUGGUUUCCUUGCUUCACUGGCUCGGAGCACAAGCAGAGACAGUUUACAGAGCACACGUGGAGUGGGCAGGCUUCGGCCCUCUGCAAUGGGGUUGCCUACAAGCCUCCAGCAUUUUCAGGAAGAAAGCUUUAGGAAAAGUUCCCCCCAAUUAGAACCUACAGAAUUUUUUCUAUCUGCCCGUGGUAUUGGAAUGAAUGGAAAUAAUACAGCAGCGGGGAAAAGACUAGGAGAAUGUACUCAUCACCUCCCACCUGUGAAAGCCCCUAUUCAAACAAAGAAGAAGACAACAAAGCAUUGUUUUCUUUGUGGAAAGAAAACAGGACUGGCUACUAGCUACGAAUGCAGAUGUGGAAACAACUUCUGUGCAUCUCAUCGCUAUGCAGAAACUCACGGCUGCACCUAUGAUUACAAGAGUACAGGGAGGAGAUACUUGCAGGAGGCAAAUCCUGUGGUUAAUGCACCAAAACUUCCAAAAAUCUAACUUCCUCUGCAUCUUACUGUUCUGCCUGAGGAAUCGUAUUAUAAUGAAAGAAGAAAUAUUGUUUAGACUGCAUUAUUUUUGCUCGACUCCAAAUGA